AUGGAACGUUCUAUUUUGUCUCUAGCCAUAUGGAGAAAAAAAAGAGAAAUAGCCAAUCUACUUUUACAUAAGGGCGCUGAUGUUAAUUUUAUGUUUAAUCAGAAAGUCCCACUGCUUGUUAUGGCCGUAAAGUUAGGAGAUGUUGAAGUUGUAAAAACGCUGCUGGAAAAAAAAGCUGAUGUAACUAAAGCUGAUACUGGAACUGACAAGGAAGACAUUUUAAAUCAGCAGUUAUUAGAAUGUGCAGAACACUUUAUAGACAAUGUUUUUGCGUAUAACCCAAGUGCUAAAUGUUUUACUGCAACAAUUGAAAGACACGCAUGUUUACAAUCACUUGAGUACUACACAUACAAAGAGGCUAUUAAUAUUGAAACGCGUCUUAACAUUUUUAAGAUUCUUCUUAAAACAGGUUUCAAUGUGAACCAAGUAAACAAUGACCUAGAGAGUCCAUUGUGCUUGGCCAUACGACACAAAAAGCUAAUAGAAUUGCUUAUUAAAUCUAAAGCAGAUGUCAAUUUGACAGGACGAAAUAAACAGACAGCAUUACAUUUGGCAGCCAGUGGACCGGAGGAAAUUGUCAAAAUGUUGAUAGAUGCUGGGGCUGAUGUUAAUGCUGAAAUACAGGAAACUGAUUCAACUAUUGAAUCUGAUACUGACAUUGAAGCUACAGGAAGAGAAAGCCAAGGAUUUUUUAGCCAUAAAUAUAGUUUAUUUAAUAGCUAUUUGUGUAAUAGGGAUAUUGGCACCGAAGAUUACUCACUUUCAGAUUUCCAAUUUCAACAAAAGAGUUUUUACAAUGAACAUCUAAUCAAAGAUAGUGGUCCAUAUAUUAAUACCUCAUUCGAGUAUGCUGAGACUCCUCUGCAUAUUGCAGCGAGAAGUGGUGAAAUCGAUUCUUUAAAACAUUUAGUUACAGCGGGUGCGUCAGUCAAUUCUCUAGAUAAACAAGGAAACUCUGCGCUGUCAAAAGCAAUAGAAAGCAAAAGUAUUGAAAAGAUCAAAUAUCUGGUAGAAGUCGGUGCUAACGUUAAUGUACCAAAUAAAGAUGGUGUCUUACCAAUUGGUGACUUAUUGCAAUUUGACAGCAUUGAACUAGUUGAACAUUUUGUAAAUCAUGGAGCCGAUCUAACCGCUUGUGAUGGAAAGAAAAGUUCUGUGUUAACGAUUGCCUUAAAUAGAAAAUGUAAUGAAAUAGCAAUGUUUCUAGUAGAGAGCGGCGCUGAUGUUAACGCUUUGUUUGAAAGACAUUUUCCUGCUUUAUCUAAGGCUGUAGCGUUAUAUGAUGUGGAACUUGUAAGAAAUAUGAUAAAACGUGGGGCAGAUGUUACACAAAAAGACAAAGAUGGAAACACAGCAUUACAUGUUGUUCUCAGAUCAUACAAGGAGAGAGGCGGAUAUUCCUAUGACGAAAAUGAUGAAUAUUUUUUCAAUAAACAUUUUUACGAUUUAGAUGCUGUAAGUAAAUACAAGCCAUUGCCAUUCGACAAAGAGGAGAUGUUCAAAAGCACUAAUGUUGUCAAAAACCAGUCUGAAAUUGUUGAUAUGUUGAUUAAAGCAGGUGUAUCUGUUAACCAAUUAAAUAAUCAACUUGAGGGUCCUCUGUGUUUGGCAAUACGACACAAAAAGCUAAUAGAAUUGCUUAUUAAAUCUAAAGCAGAUGUCAAUUUGACAGGACGAAAUAAACAGACAGCAUUACAUUUGGCAGCCAGUGGACCGGCGGAAAUUGUCCAAAUGUUGAUAAAUGCUGGGGCUGAUGUUAAUGCUGAAAUACAAGAAACAGACUCAACAGAUGAAUCCGAUACUGACAUUAAAGUAAUUGGAAGAGAAAACCUUGAUUAUUUGAGUCAUAGUGGUAGUUUAUUUGACAGCUAUUUUGUUGAUAGGGAUAGUGACGACACUGUCGAUGAAUCCCUUUCAGAUUCCCGAGUCCGACGCUAUCGAUAUUCUAAGAAACAACUUUUCAAAGACACUGGUCCUAAAAAUACUACCUCAUUCGAGUAUGGCGAGACUCCUCUUCAUAUUGCAGCAAGAAGUGGCGAAAUCGAUUCUUUAAAACAUUUAGUUACUGCGGGUGCAUCAGUCAAUGCUUUGGAUAAAAACGGAAACUCUGCGCUGUUGAAAGCAAUCGAAUGCAAUAUUAAUGAAAAGAUAAAAUAUUUUGUACAAUUUGAUGGAGCAGCCUUAACCGCUUGUGAGGCAAUGGCUGUUAUGUCAGAUGAUGUGGAGCUUGUCAAAAAGAUGAUUACACAUGGAGCUGAUGUAAAUAAAACUGAUAGAGAUGGGAAUACAUCAUUACAGCUCGCUCUUACUUUUGGGUAUGAUGAAGUGAUUUCUAUUAAAUAUAUUUUAAAGGAAUCUUAUGAUUACACAGACGCUACAAUAAUUAUGAGAAACCGUUGUGAAUUUGUUGAGAUUCUGAUUGAAGCUGGGGCUAAUAUAAACCAAACAAAUAAUGCUUUAGAGAGUCCGUUACACAUAGCUGUUAAGGUUUAUAGUCUUCGAGGAAAGUACUGCAAAUAUGACACUGAUGAUCUUAGCAAAUAUGAUGCAAUUCUGACAACGUUAAUAAAUCAUGGUGCUAAAGUGAGAAGUUCAAUUCUUUAUUAUUGUUUAUCAAAUGAACAGUUUGAACAAGCUGGACGUUUAUUAAAAAACAGUACGUGUCAUAUAUUAGACGAAAAAUUUAGAAAUCAGAUGUCUAAUAUUCAGUUAUCACAAGUUGGGAGCAUUUUCAAAAAAAGCCAUUUUGAAAUUUUACAAAUGCUUGUGUACAAUGGAAUAGUGUUAAGAAGUAAAACACAUGUAAGUGUUUCAGGGAAAACAAUCUCAUUAACCAGCCUAAUGCUAGCGAUAAUAUAUAGCCACGUUGAUUUAGCAAAAUAUCUUCUAGCAACUGGUUAUAUGACUGUAGCGGAUCUGAGGCAACUUCGACAGUUUGAUAAAUAUCCUGAAGAAUUACAUAACAUACUUUGUGAAAUAGACAAACAACCUACUGUUUCAACCUGUGAGCUUCAAAGCCUAAUACAUAAAGUGGUAACUCAACCCUGGCCACUGGCCAGACUCGCUUUCAUCACGGUGUCAACAAUGUUGGGUGAAGGUCCAGAGCGAGAAAAAAGACUCUCUGGAAAUAAUAUCUCACCAAAACUAAAACAACAUUUGAAAUUCCAAUCUCCAGUUGCAUAUCUUCCAGUUUGUGAGUGGUCCAAAUUUACAUUGUUCUUUGAUCCUGUUGUUGACGAAAUUUUCUUGAAGAAUAUGUGUAGUAGUGUGGUGCUAGUUUCUAUAUCUGCUGUCAGUGCUUCUGGUAGUAUACCAUCUAUUCCUGGAGCCAUCCAGUUUUUAGCUGCUUUAUAG